AUGUUCAAUACCCUACUCAAAGCAUCUAAAGAACAGAAAAGUAAGGAGAAGAACUUUUACACUGUUCUGAACUGUGUGCCUACUAGUUCUGCGGAGCAGAUCACGUGCGAGUAUCGCAGACUCGUCUUGAAACUCCAUCCCGAUAAGGUAAACGGUGGCCAGGGUAUACAUACGACCCCAUCCAAGGUCGCGCAAGAAACAGAAGACCACAAAGGCGGCGAAAUCGGACCAUAUGUUGAGUUAAAUAAGGAAGACGAUCGCGUUAUAGAAGGUGCUGAGUUGUUUAUCGCAGUUCAGGAAGCUUACAAGACUCUGAAGAACGACAGGCACUCGUACGACAAGUAUCUCAACAGCGGACUGGCCAUCUCAUGGAAGCAGUGGAAAGUAUUGGAAUCGACUAAGCAAGCAACGCAUUGGCACAACCCUACGGACACCAAACCGACCUUAGCUGACAGCACUCCACAGGCGAAAGCCAAAGAUACCCAACUCACCCGCGAAGAAGCCCUCAAGGCCUUCAGGGCAGGCAAGAAAAUUUGA